AGAGGCGGGGGAUUGCGAACAGACCGACAGACGGAGGGUCCGCAGCGGAAUAAGUCGGAGCAGCCGACGCUGAAAUAGGUGGAAAAAGUUGCCACUGAACCGGCACCACCGUCGACGUGGAACACGGGAGCCACGCGACCGGAGACCCUUUGAAGCCCAGCAGUGCCCCCCCAUCCCCAGUCGGUCAUGUGGAGCCCCCCUCACCUGGGUCGCUGAGGUCAGAGUUCAAGUGCGCGUUCCGGCAGCCAUGGCCGACAGAGAGGGGCCCCCCAUCGCCCCGGGCCAGAUCUACAUCGAGGUGGAGUUCGACUAUGAGUACAAGGCCAAAGACAAGAUGGUGGCCAUCCGCCAGGGAGAGUGCUACAUGCUUGUUAAGAAGACCAACGAGGACUGGUGGCAGGUAAGGAAGGACGAGGGCACGAAGGCCUUUUAUGUGCCGGCUCAGUACGUCCGGGAGGUACGUCGUGCGCUCAUGCCCCCCCAGAAGCCCACUCUGAGGGCCAAGCCCACCGUUUUGGAUAUCUGCCGAGUGUCCAACGAAAACCUCCACCGAGCCCAUCCGGAAAUGUCCAGCUUUGGGCGCCCAUCGCCUUCCUCCACGCCGUCGCCAUCCUCUGAUCGCUUCACGCCGCCGGCCAUGUCCAAGGACGCCAACCAGAACGUGGGAAGUCCCCACCACUGCAAGAUGGUGGCUGAACUGGUGCUUCUUCACAACAACAACAACCAUCACCACGGCAACAAUUCCACGUUGCCGAGGACUCGGGCGGAAUCGCCGCCGCUCAAAGUGGGGAACAGUCACGACACGAGUCCGGACAGCGGCAAGGCCUCCCCACCGUGUGACCUGUCCGGAGAUCGGCUGAACAAGCUCCACAACGACUCCGAGUCUGGGGACGAGCUAAGCAGCAGCUCAACUGAACACAUGCCGACAACAUCACCCACGGGUCAGGGCCGCUCCGACUCGCCGGUUUACACCAACCUCCAGGAGCUGAAGCUCUCUCAGUCCAGCCUGCCAGCAGUCCCCUCCAGCUCUCCUCUGCAUAUCCUGGGCGACUGGGAGACUCACAAAGACCUCAGCGGCAGGCAUUUCUACUACAACAGAGCGAGUGGCGAGCGGACCUGGAAGCCGCCCCGCACCAGGGACGCCAGUGGCAGCACCAGCAGCGCCAGGGGAGACGGCCAGGGCACGGCGAGGGGCGAGCCACUGUCCUCUGAGGAAUUCUGUCACAGCACCCACUCGAGUCAGUCUGACAGCCAGUACGGGUCGCCCCCUAGAGGCUGGUCCGAGGAGCUGGACGAGCACGGACACACGCUCUACGUCUCCGAAUACACGCAGGAGAAGUGGAUAAAACAUGUGGAUGAACAAGGGCGGCCCUACUACUACAGCUCUGACGGGUCGAGGUCCGAAUGGGAACUGCCCAAGUACAACGUCUCCCCUCAGUCCGGCGAGGUCCCCAAGAGUCGCAGUCUGGAGAGGAAGCAGCAGGACCCCAUCGUCCUCACCAAGUGGAGACACAGCACCUACGUGUUGGACCUCAACGACAAGGAGUGUGCUCUGGCGCCCAAGCAGAGCUCUCAGGACUCUGACUCCUGCCCCUCAUCUCCUAAGCAUACCUCAACUCCCUCGGAGAAGUGCGGAGUCCUAAACGUAACAAAAAUCACAGAGAAUGGAAAGAAAGUUAGGAAGAACUGGACCUCCUCGUGGACAGUGCUGCAAGGUUCCUCCCUGCUUUUCGCCAAGGGCCAAGGGGGCAGCACCAGCUGGUCGUACUACCGCAGCGGCUCCAUCCCCGAGCUGCUCCUCACUCUCCUUAGCAACUGGAAGCGCUCGGUCAAGCCCCGUCCUGCUGUCUCCUAUGUGAACUGUAGGCCUGUGCAGGCUCCCGCUUUUGGGGGCAACCAGUCGAAGCCAGAGUUCACCGUUGAUCUGAGAGGGGGGGCAGUGGAUUGGGCCUCCAAGGACAAGUCGAGCAAGAAGCACGUCAUCGAGCUGAAGACACGUCAAGGGACGGAGCUGCUGAUCCAGUCAGAGAUUGACAGUGUCAUCAACGACUGGUACCGGGCCCUCACUGAGACCAUCAACACACAUGCCUGGGAGUCGGAUGAGGCCAUCGAGGAGGACAUGCCUGAGUCUCCGGGGGCUGAGAAACAGGACAAGGAGAAGGACCACCGGGACAAGAAGAACAGAGUGAUGAAGACCUCUGUGAGUAUGGACUCAUCAGACCAGAAGAAAACCCGGCUGAAACUCAAGAAGUUCCUGACACGCCGACCCACCUACCAGGCCGUCCGAGACAAGGGCUACAUCAAAGAUCAGGUGUUUGGCUGCAGUCUGACCAGUCUGUGCCAGCGAGAGACCACGUCGGUACCCAACUUUGUCACGAUGUGUAUCGACCAUGUGGAGAACACCGGCCUUGAUGUGGACGGCUUAUACAGAGUGAGCGGCAACCUGGCGGUGAUCCAGAAGCUCCGCUUUGCUGUGAAUCACGAUGAGACUGUGGAUCUGAAUGACAGCAAGUGGGAGGACAUCCACGUCACCACCGGAGCUCUCAAGAUGUUCUUCAGGGAGCUUCCUGAGCCCCUCUUCACAUACGGAUCCUUUGACGACUUUGUAGACGCCAUCAAGUGCUCCGACUACAAGCAGCGGGUCAACUCAAUCCAAGAUUUAAUAAAGAAGUUGCCAAAACCCAACCACGACACAAUGCAAGGUCUCUUCAAACACCUGCGCAGGGUGAUUGACCAUGGCGAGGCCAACCGCAUGACUACCCAGAGCGUGGCCAUUGUGUUCGGUCCCACGCUGCUGCGGCCCGAGACUGAGACGGGCAACAUUGCGGUCCACAUGGUCUACCAGAACCAGAUAGUGGAGCUCAUCCUGCUCGAGUACGACAGCAUCUUUGGCAGGUAGAGGACGCCCGCCUACGCCGGGACGCCGGGCGUCUCUUCCUCCUCCUCCCCCUCUUUGUUUUUCUUCAACUGAACUGAACAAUGCUGUGGACCAAGCGCAUGGGAGAAGGAAGGAAACAAAUCAGUUACUUUCAUUCACAGUUGACAAAAAGUGUUGCACUUACAGAGGAGAAGAAUAAAAGAGAAAUUUAAAAAAAAGGUGUUACAGAUUCCAGCCCUCUGCUCCAGUUGCUCCGCCCCCCAGCAGCAGGGGCGGAGCCACGCAGACAGUGUUUCAGAGUGAUGGCGUGUACGUCCGUGUCAUGUGAUGGAUUGGACUUUUCAGGUGUUUCUUUUUUCACAUACACUGGAUCCCUGUGGUCAGUAAGUAAAAGGCGGCAACCUUUGCUCCCUGAGGGGGGGCCCUCUUCAUCAUUUUGUGCUUAUGUCUGUGAUGUGGUUUCCCCAUCAGGUGGAACAAAAAAAAGAAUAAUCAGUGUUACAUUAACGGACUGUCUCUUUGGCACUUGGAGGAACUGAAGUUCUAGAGCAAGUUCCCCCCCAAACUAACCUUAGGCGACAUCUUCAAACAGCCCCCCCACCCUAACCAGUGUUCACCAUUAAUCCUGUGAUCUGAGGCCCUACAAUGGAGGACAACAAGCCCACGUGUGUGUGUGUGUGUGUGUGUCAGUUUGUGGAUGUGUGUGAGUGAACUAAAGACUUAGCGAAAGUGCCCUCAUCUGGCGGCUUUGUGUCGUGUAGUCUAACGUGCUGUGGUGAAGUUUCUGUUAACGCUGCGGAUGGAGAUGGGGGAGGGGUCACUUGACUCCAGGAGGGUCAUCAUGCUCAACAUCUCAACUUCUUGGCACUGCAACUUUACCACUUUUACAUGAAUUACCAAUGUCCAACUGUUAGCUGGAUGACCCUCACCCCCAACCCCCUCGAACUAAUAUUAGAAACGGUACUGAGAAAAAUAUAUAUAUAUUCAUGAGGUGGACGUGUACGGGUUGGAUUGCAAAGAAGAGCCUUUAAAAAAACAAAGCUUUCAAAAGCUUAUGUACAGUCUCAGAAAGUAGUUGUUGAAAUGUGUAGUGGUGACUGAGGUGUGUGUGCGUGUGUGUGUGCGAAAGAUUUGUACAUUUGAAUUCCAACGUAACGACGCACAGGUGAAACCGAGCCGUGAUCCACUGUUGUCUCUGAAGGUGACCCUGGAGUGUCUGCGCAUGGUCAGCUGCACAUUCUGAAUGAACUGCUGUUUGUAAAACCGCUACGUCUAAUAAAAGAGACAAACUAAA